GGACGCACGUUCAGCGGGGCGCUCACGUGACCAGGGUCGCUCUGCGGCCGCCCGCGCGGACCCGGCGAGAGGCGGCAGCGGCGGCAGCGGCGGUGAUGGACGGGUCCGGGGAGCAGCCCAGAGGCGGGGGGCCCACCAGCUCUGAGCAGAUCAUGAAGACAGGGGCCCUUUUGCUUCAGGGUUUCAUCCAGGAUCGAGCAGGGCGAAUGGCGGGGGGGACACCCGAGCUGGCCCUGGAGUCGAUGCCCCAAGAUGCAUCCACCAAGAAGCUCAGCGAGUGUCUGAAGCGCAUCGGUGAUGAAUUGGACAGUAACAUGGAGCUGCAGAGGAUGAUUGCUGCUGUGGACACAGACUCCCCCCGGGAAGUCUUUUUCCGAGUGGCUGCUGACAUGUUUUCUGAUGGCAACUUCAACUGGGGCCGAGUUGUCGCCCUUUUCUACUUUGCCAGCAAACUGGUGCUCAAGGCCCUGUGCACCAAGGUGCCGGAGCUGAUCAGAACCAUCAUGGGUUGGACGCUGGACUUCCUCCGAGAGCGGCUGCUGGGCUGGAUCCAGGACCAGGGUGGUUGGGACGGCCUCCUCUCCUACUUUGGGACUCCCACGUGGCAAACAGUGACAAUCUUCGUGGCCGGAGUGCUCACCGCCUCCCUCACCAUAUGGAAGAAGAUGGGCUGAGGCCACCAGCUGCCUUGGACUGUGUUUUUUCUGCAUAAAUUAUGGCAUUUUUCUGGGGGUGGGGGAUAGGGAUUG